AUGAUUACAACCUACCUGACCAGCCUAAAAGCCACCUUCAACCCCUUCUCGCCCUCGUCAAAGAUCCCGCGGCUCUUUCUGACCCUCCUCCCGGCCAACGCCCACAAAACCUUACAGAUAAAGUCUCAAGCGCUACCGCGUCAUUCCCCCGAACCAUCGACAUUAGAGCUAGGUUUCAAAGAUGGAAAGAAAGGAAUGGGCGAGAAGGUUUCGCUGCAGGAUAUUGUCGAGGAGGUGAAUAGGCAUGCCAGGGGAUUGGCGCGGAAGGAGGAGUUGAGUGGGUAG